AUGAAAAUAAGCGUGUUCACCACACUUCGCAUGCUUGGCGAUCAAACAAAACAUGUCGUAGGUGUGCGAAACAAAUCAUUUCAUUUUUCUUUGAAUAAUAUUAUUCUUGACAACGAACAACAAAAUUCCGUCGAAGUAUUUUUCUUAUUUCUUUUUAAAUCGUGCCAGUUUGCAUUGUCGUUUCAAUUCACUUUCGGAGAGAAUACAUUUUUUCAUUUUACCACACAUCGAAUAAAUCUCGAAGAAAGAAUGGGUAACUGCUGCAGUGGAUUAGGAAAAGAUGACAAAAAUGGACCUCCGCCACCUGAUCGUCAAUCAGGCCCGCCACCACCACAACGCGGAAGAGAUGAUGACAAUAGAAGAGGUGAUCAUCGUGGCGAUGGUCCAGGUUCUGAAGGCAAGCAAAAAAAAUAA